AAACUGAUCCUGGUUUUCCUCUUCUUUAUAUCACACUCUCAACACUAGUUCUUCUUUCCAGUUUUGAGGAAGAGCAACCAGUUAUAUAAACCACUUCACUCUUCUUUAUUCACUCUGUUUUUUUAAUUAACAAGGAGAAGAACAAGAAGCAGAAGAAGGAGGAGGAGGAGGAGAAAGUGAAGCAAAGCAAAGCAUAGCUAUAGCAGGGAAAACACAGAGGAGUCUUUAAAGACUCUGACACGCGUAUUUUGGCUGCUUUGGCAGGCGGCGAACAGAGGGAGAGAGAGAGAUAACAGAGGUUAGGAAGGUUGGGAAGUGAGCAUUCAAUUAGAAAGAGCCUUCCUUUUUGAGUGCUGUGGAGUUAUUUCUCUUGAGGUGAUAAUAAAAGAGAGUCAUUUAAGAGAAGAAGGAGCAAGACAAAGGGAAGAGAAGGGAAAGCGGGGGGGGAUUGGGGUUCAGUGUGUUGGCUUUCAGACACACUCAGUGUGCUGGCUGUGUGCGUCACGUCACCACACCGUAGAUUUCUUACACCUGGCAACUCCUUCCUUGCUAUUUCUGUCCAUCGGCUCCUCACCAUCGCUCCUUCCUUAUAAGAUCAAGACAAACAUCUCACACUACCACCACCACCGCCGCCGCCGUCUCAUCCUGGUUACAUUGAGCAAGGUGAGAUAAAGAGGAGGAGGAGGAGGAGGAGGAGAAGAGAGAUAGAGAGAGAUUGAUAGAUAAAUAGAUAGGUAGAAAGAGAGAGAGAGAGGAAAGGGGUGUGUUGAAGGGAAAGAGAUGGUGCCCCAAAAGCAAGCGGAGGAGGCCAUCGUGGUAAGCCAGGCCGAUGGUGAUCAUGAGUCCAACCAAAGGGAAGAGGAAGAACAUCAUGGCGGCUUCAGCAUGAAAAACAUUCUCUGGCACGGUGGCUCCGUUUGGGACGCCUGGUUCAGCUGUGCUUCCAACCAAGUGGCUCAAGUGUUGUUGACACUUCCGUACUCCUUCUCCCAACUAGGCAUGUUGUCCGGAGUGCUGCUUCAGGUCUUUUAUGGAAUUAUGGGAAGCUGGACUGCUUACCUUAUCAGUGUCCUUUACGUUGAGUACCGAACUCGCAAAGAGAAGGAGAACGUCAGCUUCAAGAACCAUGUCAUUCAGUGGUUUGAGGUACUGGAUGGGUUGCUGGGGCCCUGCUGGAAGGCUAUCGGCCUGGCUUUCAACUGUACCUUCCUCCUCUUUGGAUCCGUUAUCCAGCUCAUUGCUUGUGCCAGUAACAUAUACUACAUAAAUGACCGGUUGGACAAGAGGACCUGGACAUACAUCUUUGGAGCAUGCUGCGCCACCACCGUCUUCAUUCCCUCUUUCCACAACUACCGAAUAUGGUCCUUUCUUGGUCUUGGCAUGACCACCUAUACUGCCUGGUACCUUGCAAUCGGUGCCUUUGUCCAAGGCCAGGCUGAAGGCGUGACACACGCAGGACCUACAAAGCUGGUGCUCUACUUCACCGGCGCCACUAACAUCCUCUACACGUUCGGCGGCCACGCCGUCACUGUGGAAAUCAUGCACGCUAUGUGGAAACCACAAAAGUUCAAAUACAUAUAUCUACUCGCAACUCUAUACGUGUUCACGUUGACACUACCAUCAGCGUCGGCCAUGUACUGGGCUUUUGGUGACCAACUCUUGACUCAUUCCAAUGCCUUCUCAUUGCUACCCAAGAAUGGGUUCAGGGACACGGCUGUGAUACUGAUGCUUAUUCACCAGUUCAUCACUUUUGGGUUCGCUUGCACACCUCUUUAUUUUGUUUGGGAGAAGGUGAUUGGAAUGCAUGACACUAAGAGCAUUUGCCUUCGUGCAUUGGCUCGUCUCCCUGUUGUUAUUCCUAUCUGGUUUCUUGCCAUCAUCUUCCCUUUCUUUGGUCCUAUUAAUUCCGCUGUUGGUGCCCUUCUUGUUAGUUUCACAGUCUAUAUCAUCCCUGCUCUUGCUCAUAUGCUCACUUACCGUACUGCCUCUGCACGCCAGAACGCUGCAGAGAAGCCACCCUUCUUCAUGCCCAGCUGGACUGCAAUGUACGUUCUAAACGCGUUUGUGGUGGCCUGGGUAUUUGUUGUUGGAUUUGGGUUCGGUGGCUGGGCCAGUGUCACCAACUUUGUCAGGCAGGUUGACACCUUUGGCCUCUUUGCCAAGUGCUACCAAUGUAAGCCCCCAACACCUCCGGCCACCGUCGUCGCCGCACCGCCCAUCCAGCAUCACUGAUUAAUUAAUCAAUCAUGAUUCCGAUCAUCAACCAUUAUCUUCUUCUUCGUUAUCAUCAUCAUCAUCUCAACCGCUAAGAUAACAAGGACAACUACAAGGAAUGUAUGUUGCUGCCCUUCCGUCACAAGUUAAAGAAACUGAAAAGGGGGAGAGCUUCAUCAGAAAAGGGAAAAAAAGCUUAUCAUCUGCUUAUUGCUUGCAUUUUGGGUUCUUUUGAGAUAUCUUUUUUUUUUUAAAAAAAAAACUAUUUUAUUUAAGCUUUGAUUGUGUACUGUAAUUCCUUAAUGCUUGUCAAAAAAGUAUAUAUAGGGUUUUCCUGAAAUAUUGUUUGCUAAUGCUAGCUGUUUACUAUA